CCACAUUGGAGGUGGUGUGUUGACCACACCUUUAAAAUGUUCCCGUCAUACUUCUGUCGUUGGCCACUGAUUAGAUCACAAAGACACAGACGUGCUGGCAGAACGCUGUGAGGAUGACAUGCUGCAAAAAGCUGACAACAAUGGUAACUCGUAGAUAUGUCCUGCUGCUCCUUGCAUUAGUGACAUGCAUCUGUGUGAUGGUCAUCUCUUACCACGGGGACAUAUCAACAGCAGGGAGGAUGGUCCAGGAGCAAGAGCUGAGGAAGACAAAACUAAGAGAUGCAUGCAGAGAAGACAUAGAGGCCUUUGCCAAAGAUAAGACAAGCUCUGACAAACUCAUCAAACAAAUGCUAAGCCAACUCCUUGUGGAUGAUGAACAUGGCGUCAUUUACUGCUUCGUACCAAAGGUGGCGUGCACCAAUUGGAAGAGAUUCAUGCAUUCACUAAAAAAUGGCAAGCCCUAUCCUGAUCUCAUGAGCAUAUCUCCCGGAAAGGCCCACAAUCCAAAGGGUCUGCCAAGUCUUGCCAACUUCCCUAAAGUCGAGAUGGAGGCCAAGUUGAAGCACUACACCAAGUUCAUGUUUGUCCGUGAACCCUUUGUGCGCCUUGUCUCAGCCUUUCGGGACAAAUUACACAGCUUCAAUCAGUACUAUUACAAAGGUUUAGGCCGACUCCUUCUGACGCGCUAUGGCAACCAGUCUGACCCCCCAAUGGAUGUGAAGGAGGCGUUUGCGGCAGGCAUCAAGCCCACCUUCUACAACUUUAUCCAGUACCUUGUGGACUUGAAGUCAAUCAAUGACUACCACUGGAAGCAGAUGCACCGCCUGUGUCAACCCUGCUUAAUUGAGUACGACUUUAUCGGACAUCAGGAGACGCUUCAGGAAGAUGCCCUGCAACUGCUAACGUCCUUGAACCUGCAGGAGUUCAUGAAGUUUCCACCGGCCUACCAAAAUAUGACGUACCAUGCGUCAUUGUCCAGGUGGUUUGAAGCAGUGCCCCUGGAGGACAGGAGGAAGCUUUACAAGAUCUACGAGAAGGACUACACGUUGUUUGGCUACGAAACACCUCACUUUUUACUCAACAACACACAAUAGAGGCAGAGCCCUCUUUUAGAACAUGGAACACAGUCUUCCACCAAAAUGUAAUAAUCCUAAUCAGUUAUUUUCACACUUUCAUAAAUGAUUUACGAAUAUGUUUAAAGGGGAACAUUAUCACCAGACCUAUGUAAGUGUCAAUAUAUACCUUGAUGUUGCAGAAAAAAGACCAUAUAUUUUUUUAACCGAUUUCCAAACUCUAAAUGGGUGAAUUUUGGCGAAUUAAACGCCUUUCUAUUAUUCGCUCAUCGGGAAGCAAUCCGCCAUUUUUUUCAAACACAUUACAAACACCGAAUCAAAUCAGCUAUGUUAUUUUCCGUUUUUUCGACUGUUUUCCGUACCUUGGAGACAUCAUGCCUCGUCGGUGUGUUGUCGGAGGGUGUAACAACACGAACAGGGACGGAUUCAAGUUGCACCAGUGGCCCAAAGAUGCGAAAGUGGCAAGAAAUUGGACGUUUGUUCCGCACACUUUACCGACGAAAGCUAUGCUACGACAGAGAUGGCAAGAAUGUGUGGAUAUCCUGCGACACUCAAAGCAGAUGCAUUUCCAACGAUAAAGUCAAAGAAAUCUGCCGCCAGACCCCCAUUGAAUCUGCCGGAGUGUGUGAGCAAUUCAGGGACAAAAGACCUCGGUAGCACGGCAAGCAAUGGCGGCAGUUUGUUCCCGCAGACGAGCGAGCUAAACCCCCUGGAUGUCUUGGCUCACACCGUCCCUUAUGCCACCGAAGAUGAUCAAGAGAAGAAUAUUGACCCUAGCUUCCCUGGCCUGCUGACAUCAACUCCAAAACUGGACAGAUCAGCUUUCAGGAAAAGAUAGCGGAUGAGGGUAUGUCUACAGAAUAUAUUAAUUGAUGAAAAUUGGGCUGUCUGCACUCUUAAAGUGCAUGUUGUUGCCAAAUGUAUUUCAUAUGCUGUAAACCUAGUUCAUAGUUGUUAGUUUCCUUUAAUGCCAAACAAACACAUACCAAUCGUUGGUUAGAAGGCGAUCGCCGAAUUUGUCCUCGCUUUCUCCUGUGUCGCUGGCUGUCGUGUCGUUUUCGUCGGUUUCGCUUGCAUACGGUUCAAACCAAUAUGGCUCAAUAGCUUCAGUUUCUUCUUCAAUUUCGUUUUCACUACCUGCCUCCACACUACAACCAUCCAUUUCAAUACAUGCGUAAUCUGUUGAAUCGCUUAAGCCGCUGAAAUCCGAGUCUGAAUCCGAGCUAAUGUCGCUAUAGCUUGCUGUUCUUUCCGCCAUGUUUGUUUGUGUUGGCAUCACUAUGUGACGUCACAGGAAAACUUUGAAGCUUUUUUAACGGAUAUUGCGUGAUGGGUAAAAUUUUGAAAAAAACUUCAUAAAAUAAGCCACUGGGAACUGAUUUUUAAUGGUUUUAACCCUUCUGAAAUUGUGAUAAUGUUCCCCUUUAAACUAGCACUUUUUAACCAGAAUAAUCAAGUAUUUGGCCACCUGCCUUGACUCACAUAUGAACUUGAAGUGCCAUCCCAUUCCUAACCCAUAGACUUCAAUAUGAUGUCGAUCCACCUUUUGCAGCUAUUAAAGCUUCAACUCUUCUGGGAAAGCUGUCCACAAGGUUGCGGAGUGUGUUUAUAGGAAUUUUCGACAAUUCUUCCAAAAGCGCAUUGAUGAGGUCACACACUGAUGUUGGUCGAGAAGGCCUGGCUCUCAGUCUCCGUUCUAAUUAAUCCCAAAGGUGUUCUCUCAGGUUUAGGUCAGGACUCUGUGCAGGCCAGUCAAGUUUAUCCACACCAUACUCUGUCAUCCAUGUCUUUAUGGACCUUGCUCUGUGCACUGGUGCGCAGACAUGUUGGAAGAGGAAGGGGCCCGCUCCAAACUGUUCCCACAAGGUUGGGAGCAUGGAAUUGUCCAAAAUGUUUUGGUAUCCUGGAGCAUUCAAAGUUCCUUUCACUGGAACUAAGGGUCCAAGCCCAACUCCUGAAAACAACCCCACAACAAAAUUCUUUCUCCACCAAAUUUCACACUCGGCACAAGGCAGUCUGAAAUGUACCGUUCUCCUGGCAACCUCCAAACCCAGACUCAUCCAUCAGAUUGCCAGAUGGAAAAAUGCGUCUCCACUGCUCUAGAGUCCAGGGGUUAGUGUGUGUGCCUCACAAUAAGAAGGUCCUGGGUUUCUGUGUGGAGUUUGCAUGUUCUCCCCGUGACUGCGUGGGUUUCCUUCGGGUACUCCGAUUUCCUCCCACCUCUAAAUUGGCCUUAGUGUGUGGAUGUGAGUGUGAAUGUUGUCUGUCUAUCUGUGUUGGCCCUGCGAUCAGGUGGCGACUUGUCCAGGUUGUACCCCGCCUUCUGCCCGAAUGCAGCUGGGAUAGGCUCAAGCACCCCCUGCAAACCUGAGAGGGACAAGCAGUAGAAAAUGGAUGGAUGUGCAUACACAUGUUUUAAGUUGAAAUUUCCCCGAAGGUUGUAUUUCUUCUCUUUUGUUGAGAAUUGUUGUACAUUCUUGGGUAGCAAGUUAAAAUUGGCUUU